GGAGGCUGUGGCCGACUGUGACCUUGACAGUCUUGGCGAUAUGUCAAUUCUUCAUCCUGAUGUUUUAGGAAAGCUUGUUUACAAAGAUCCUACAACACAAAAAUAUGCCGGAAACUGCCCCCUUCUAACUGCACAGGUAACCAAGUUAAAGAAUGGAGGUCUCAUUCUGGGGAUAGCUCUCAAUCAUUGUAUGUCCGAUGGUAUCUCGGCGAUAAAAUUCAUCAAUUCUUGGUCUGAAAUUGCAAGAGGCAAGCCCUUAUCGGUGGUCCCUUGUCACGACAGAACUAUUCUAAAGCCAAGGAUGCCUCAUCAAAUUUGCGGUCCCUACGAUGACUUUGUUCAAAUAAGUGAUGUAUCAAAUAUGACAGCUCUCUACGAGAAGGAGCAAAACGUGUGCAGAUCAUUCCACUUUGACUCUGAGAAGCUGGCAACAGUUAAGAAAAUGGCAACAGCUUGCGGACAGGUGAAGCGCAGCAUCACCAGCUUCGUAGCACUCACAGCCCUGGUGUGGCGAGCUCGAAGCAUGGCCCCCUCAAGAUGAAACCGCACCAACAAACAAUGCUCACUAUUCCGGUUGAUUUCAGGUCUAAGCUAAGCCCUCCCAUUCCUGAUGGUUUCUUUGGAAAUGCCGUGGUCUUCCCAUGCUGUCUUUGCAACACGGGAGAGCUGUUUGAUGAGCCGAUCUCUUCCACUGCGGAGAGAAUAGCCGAGGCGAUCGAGCGGGUGAAUGAAGACUAUGCGCGGUCAAGGAUCGACUAUUUGGACAAGUAUGGAUUUGAAGAGUUCGCCCUGGGCACGCUACUAAUAAGUUCUUGGACGAAGCUGGAUUAUGGCAGCUCAGACUUCGGAUGGGGAGCCGAGGCAGUUUGGGACCGGUAGCCUGCCGGCUAAGUCCUGCCUGUUUAUGAGGGGAUGGAGAAAUAAGAAGGACGUCGUGGUGGUGUUGAGUUUGCCAUUUUCAGCCAUGAACACCUUCCAAGAGUGUCUCCAAGUUUAAGUUGAUGCAAUUUCAAGAAAUCUUCAAGAAAGCUUGUUUAUGGUUCCAAUAUUGCUAGAGCGGUGUGCGAAAUUUAGUUUAUGAGUUCGCGUGGCAGACUACAAGUGGAAUUUCUAAAUAAGUUGAAUGUGUUCAGCACUCGAUAGAUAUCUUCCUUGUCAUCUAUAAAUCGGUUUUUGUAAUUCAGUCUUGGUGCACCUUAUUACUUACGCUUAUAAUUAAUUAUAUUGAAUGGGAUAAUCAAUAUUAAUUUCGA